UCUAUACGAAUGACAGAACAACGUUUUGUUGAAGGGCGUUAUUAUAAAAUGGUGGCGUAUCAGCUGAUAAGCACGUGUUUGGCACAUCUUUUUCCCCAAUGCUCGUCUUAUCUCCUCAGUUUUCAGUUCACUGAAAGAUUUCAAUGACCGUUAGGAUUUUGGCACUGGUUAUUUUCCUAGUAAGAGAAUGAGUAGUUUUAUAACCCUAACCCCAAAUUUCUCUUCACUUGUUUCCCCAAUUUCAAACCCUAAUAAAAAACCUCUUCUAUCAAUAAACAAUGGGUCACUGUUCUUAGCUGCUGCUGCUUCUUCAUUUCCAUCUAAUUUUUCUCAAUUGAUUUCAGUCUGUUCUUCAUUUUCUUCUAGUAGGAGUUUUCUCCAAUGUGUUUCUUCUUCUUCAUCAUCAGAUGUUACUCCUUCAGAAUUUCCACUUCUGCCUUUUGGAGCUGAUGAGGUUCUUGUUCCUACUGAGAGCAAGACAUUACAUUUGUAUGAAGCCAGAUUUCUUGCAUUGCUGGAAGAGUCUUUAAUUAGCAAGAACAAGUUAUUUGUUCAUUUUGUGCUGGAUCCAAUAAUUUCUAGUGCAACUGUAUCCGGAACAUCCUUUGCUGCUCGAUAUGGUUGUUUAGUUCUCAUCGAAAAUGUUGAACGGUUGGAAAUUGGAGCAUUAGUUUCUAUUAGAGGCAUUGGCCGUGUCAAGAUUGUGAACUUCAAUCAAGCAGAUCCUUACUUGAAAGGUGUUGUCAUCCCGUUGCAAGAUAACGUUCCUGAUAGUAUGAACAAAAUUAGCUCUGACAUCACAAAGCUUAAGGAGUCGCUUUACCAGUUAAAUAGCUUGCAAAUAAAGUUAAAGGCUUCGAAGGAUGAAUCUCUGCAGACUCAAAUAACAAACUCUCUUAGAUGGGCCGAAAAAGAAUCCUCAAUAUAUUGUGAUGAAUCUUUCAUUCCAUCUCUAGCAGAGCGGUUAUCCUUUGCAGGAUUGCAGCCUGUUUCAGGAUUUAGUCAGUCAGAAUCGGAGGAUCUGCAGAGAGAGAAGUUAGAAGCAAUGGAAAUGAAAGACACGUCGAAAAGGAUUGAGAAAACACUAGAAUUUAUCAAGCAGAACACUUCCAUGGUUGCAGCCAAGCUAGCUAUCCAGUCGUUGGGGGUGCAGUAGUAAGCCAUGGAGGACCGAAGAACUAUGCAAGAGUAUAUAAGAUGGUGUUCGAGGUGUAAAUAUUUGGUCCUGGAGCCUUUGUAUUGGUUUGCUUUAACAGCUUACGAUUUGGUAAAAGAAUCUAAUAAUUGUAUGAGUUUGCUUUUGAUUCAUGUUUCCCAUUCAAGGGUGCCUUGAGAAAAUUUCUGAGAUAAUACAAAAAUGAAUAUAUAGAAAGAAAAAAAAUGAUCUUUUUACUU